CAGUCUCAGGUGCUGAUCAAUGGAAUGUGAGUGGCUAUUGGCAAGGAGAGUUCUGGGGAAGGAGGGGUUCCCCAGGGAACCUCUCUAGCUACUGACAGCCUCCUCACUGUCUUCUUGUUGCCUCAGGCUCCAACAGGAACAGUGGAUGAAUGUCUGUGUUGGUGAUAUUAUCAAGCUAGAAAACAACCAGUUUGUGACGGCGGAUCUCCUCCUCCUUUCCAGCAGUGAGCCCCAUGGGCUGUGUUACAUAGAGACAGCAGAACUCGAUGGAGAGACCAACAUGAAAGUGCGUCAGGCGAUUCCAGUCACCUCAGAAUUGGGAGAUAUCAGUAAGCUUGCCAAGUUUGAUGGUGAAGUGAUCUGUGAACCUCCCAACAACAAGCUGGACAAGUUCAGUGGAACCCUCUACUGGAAGGAAAACAAGUUUCCCCUGAGCAACCAGAACAUGCUGCUGCGGGGCUGUGUGCUGCGAAACACCGAGUGGUGCUUUGGGCUAGUCAUCUUUGCAGGUCCUGACACUAAGCUGAUGCAGAACAGCGGCAGGACAAAGUUCAAGAGAACAAGUAUUGAUCGCCUAAUGAAUACACUAGUGCUCUGGAUUUUUGGAUUCCUGGUCUGCAUGGGGGUGAUCCUGGCCAUUGGCAAUGCCAUCUGGGAGCAUGAGGUUGGGACACGCUUCCAGGUCUACCUGCCUUGGGAUGAGGCAGUGGACAGUGCCUUUUUCUCUGGCUUCCUCUCCUUCUGGUCCUACAUCAUCAUCCUUAACACCGUUGUGCCCAUUUCGCUCUAUGUCAGUGUGGAGGUCAUCCGCCUGGGCCACAGCUACUUCAUCAACUGGGACAAGAAAAUGUUCUGCAUGAAGAAGCGGACGCCCGCGGAGGCCCGCACCACCACCCUGAACGAGGAGCUGGGCCAGGUGGAGUACAUCUUCUCUGACAAGACAGGCACCCUCACCCAGAACAUCAUGGUCUUCAACAAGUGCUCCAUCAAUGGCCGCAGCUAUGGUGACGUGUUUGAUGACCUGGGACACAAAGCUGAAUUGGGAGAGAGGCCUGAACCCAUCGACUUCUCCUUUAAUCCUCUGGCCGACAAGAAGUUUUUAUUUUGGGACCCCAGCCUCUUGGAGGCUGUCAAGAUGGGGGACACCCACACGCAUGAGUUCUUCCGCCUCCUUUCCCUAUGUCAUACUGUCAUGUCAGAGGAAAAGAAUGAAGGAGAGCUAUACUAUAAAGCCCAGUCCCCGGAUGAAGGGGCCCUGGUCACUGCCGCCAGGAACUUUGGUUUUGUAUUCCGCUCUCGAACCCCCAAAACAAUCACUGUGCAUGAGAUGGGCACAGCCAUCACCUACCAGCUAUUGGCCAUCCUGGACUUCAACAACACUCGCAAGCGGAUGUCAGUCAUAGUGCGGAAUCCAGAAGGGAAGAUCCGACUCUACUGCAAAGGGGCUGACACCAUCCUGCUUGAGAGACUCCACCACUCCACCCAAGAGCUGCUCAACACCACCACUGACCACCUGAAUGAGUAUGCAGGGGAAGGGCUAAGGACCCUGGUGCUGGCCUAUAAGGAUCUGGACGAAGAGUACUACGAGGAGUGGGCUGAGAGACGACUUCAAGCCAGCCUGACCCAGGACAGCUGGGAGGACAGGCUGGCCAGCAUCUAUGAGGAGGUCGAGAGCGACAUGCUGCUGCUGGGUGCAACAGCCAUUGAGGACAAGCUUCAGCAAGGGGUUCCAGAGACCAUCGCCCUCCUGACACUGGCUAACAUCAAGAUAUGGGUGCUAACCGGAGACAAACAAGAGACGGCCGUGAAUAUAGGCUAUUCCUGCAAGAUGCUGACGGAUGACAUGACAGAAGUGUUCAUUGUCACUGGCCACACUGUCCUGGAGGUGCGGGAGGAGCUCAGGAAAGCCCGGGAGAAGAUGAUGGACUCAUCCCGUACUGUAGGCAAUGGCUUCACCUACCAGGAGAAACUUCCUUCUUCCAAGCUCACUUCUGUCCUGGAAGCUGUUGCUGGAGAGUAUGCCCUGGUCAUCAAUGGUCACAGCCUGGCCCAUGCAUUAGAGGCAGACAUGGAACUGGAGUUUCUGGAGACGGCGUGUGCCUGCAAAGCUGUCAUCUGCUGCCGGGUGACUCCCUUGCAGAAGGCACAAGUGGUGGAACUGGUUAAGAAGUACAAGAAGGCUGUGACACUUGCCAUUGGGGAUGGAGCCAAUGAUGUCAGCAUGAUCAAAACGGCUCACAUCGGUGUAGGCAUCAGCGGGCAGGAAGGGAUCCAGGCUGUCCUGGCCUCUGAUUACUCCUUCUCUCAGUUCAAGUUCCUGCAGCGCCUCCUGCUGGUGCAUGGGCGCUGGUCCUACCUGCGCAUGUGCAAGUUCCUCUGCUAUUUCUUCUACAAGAACUUUGCUUUCACCAUGGUCCACUUCUGGUUUGGCUUCUUCUGCGGCUUCUCCGCCCAGACCGUCUAUGACCAGUAUUUCAUCACCCUCUAUAAUAUUGUGUACACCUCCCUCCCAGUCCUGGCUAUGGGGGUCUUUGAUCAGGAUGUCCCGGAGCAGCGGAGCAUGGAGUACCCUAAGCUGUAUGAGCCAGGCCAGCUGAACCUCCUCUUCAACAAGCGGGAGUUCUUCAUCUGCAUCGCCCAGGGCAUCUACACCUCCGUGCUCAUGUUCUUCAUCCCCUAUGGAGUGUUUGCUGAUGCCACUCGGGAUGAUGGCACCCAGCUGGCUGACUACCAGUCCUUUGCAGUCACUGUGGCCACAUCGCUGGUCAUUGUGGUCAGUGUGCAGAUUGGGCUAGAUACAGGCUACUGGACGGCCAUCAACCACUUCUUCAUCUGGGGCAGCCUAGCUGUUUACUUUGCUAUCCUCUUUGCCAUGCACAGCAAUGGGCUUUUCGACAUGUUUCCAAACCAGUUCCGGUUUGUAGGGAAUGCCCAGAACACCCUGGCCCAGCCCACGGUGUGGCUGACCAUUGUGCUCACCACAGUCGUCUGCAUCAUGCCCGUGGUUGCCUUUCGAUUCCUCAGGCUCAACCUGAAGCCGGAUCUCUCUGACACGGUCCGCUAUACCCAGCUGGUGAGGAAGAAGCAGAAAGCCCAGCACCGCUGCAUGCGGCGGGUGGGCCGCACAGGUUCCCGGCGCUCCGGCUAUGCCUUCUCCCACCAGGAGGGCUUCGGGGAGCUCAUCAUGUCUGGCAAGAACAUGCGGCUCAGCUCCCUUGCGCUGUCCAGUUUCACCACCCGCUCCAGCUCCAGUUGGAUUGAGAGCCUGCGCAGGAAGAAGAGUGACAGUGCCAGCAGCCCCAGCAGUGGGGCUGACAAGCCCCUCAAGGGGUGAAGACUGGGACUGAGAUGCCCUGUGCCAAUGACCAGAGCACACAGGGCCAGCCGGUCGCCGAGGGAACAGUGUUUUGGAACUGUGGGUCCUCACUCCUUGCCUCCCGUCUCCCCUGGUAAACUCUAUCCUGCUGGUCCCACCAGGAGUGGCUGGUGCGUCCCCAGCAAGGCCCUCCUACCAGCUGGGAGGCUGGAGAGAGCGAGCCCCCAGGGCAGAGCAGGGGCUGAGCCAUUGAGAACCAGCCCCAGUGGGGGACCAGAUGUGGAACCAAAACCAAGAAAAAACUGUGAGAGAUUGGGUCUGUCCCUGCCCUGUCUGGGAGCCAACAGGGAGACUAUAAUCUCCAUAUUUUUUUACUCCUACUCCCCAGAGGGGCCCUCGUGGCCCUGUUCCUGAAUUACACAAGAAUGUAUCAUGCCGGGAAGCCAGAGACCUGCUGGGGCCUCUGGGCCCCUCACAUCAUGUAUGUCUCUUCUCGAUUUGUGUUUGUGUAUAGUUUGGUUUUGUCUUUUUUAUGUGGCAAGUGGAGAAGGCCUCUAUGUGACUUUUA